CAGCGGGGGAACAACGCCGGGCUGCUGCCAUUGCUGCUUGUCCUGCUGGCUGCUGCUCCUCAUCCUGCUGCUGCCGAUCCUGAUGCUGCUGCAGAUCCUGAUCCUGCCGCUGCCGCUGCUGCUGUUAUUGCAACUGCGGCUGCUUCUGCUGCGGCAACUCUGGCGUGCGGCUGCAGUCCAUCGUCUGGAACAGCCAACACGAAGUUAUCCAGCCUGGCCACAGCCAAAGGAAUGCGGCAAGAGUCCCCGAGGUCACCGCAGCGAGGCUGAGCGUGGAAUAACAAGCCAAAUCCGCUGGGGAUUUACAAUGCAAGCAACCUUUCGAGGUUUCUUUUCCGCUUUGCUCCCACCCUGCUGUUGGAUUUGAGAUCAUGUCGGUUAAUAUUGUAGCUUUUGGCAAUGAAAGAGAUGGUUUUUCUGAGGACAGUCAGCAGCCCAGCCUGAUCUGGAGCUAUCUCGGGAGAAGUGCUCUCAUUUCUCAGAUCGACAGCAGCUUCUCUGCCAGUCAAGUUGGGAACCCAGUUUUUGCUGAGUAUCAAGCUUGCGUAUUUGGAAAUGUCAGACUGGUGGUAUACGACUGUGCUGUCUGGGAUAUAUUUGACAGUGACUGGUACACUUCCUGCAGGCUCAUUGGAGGAGCUGAUAUUAUUGUGAUUAAAUACUCUGUCAAUGACAAGACUUCAUUUCAAGAACUAAAGGACAACUAUGUGCCAACAGUAAAAAAAGCACUAAGUCACUGCUCAGUUCCAGUAAUAAUUUCUGCUAUUGGUGCAAGAAAAAAUGGAGUGCCUUGCACCUGUCCCCUGUGCACUUCAGACAGGAGGAGCUGUGUCACAACCUCUGAAGGAGUUCAGCUUGCUAAGGAACUUGGAGCCACUUACCUUGAACUGCACACUCUUAAUGACUUCUACGUACAGAAAUACUUUGGAGGAGUGCUGGAAUAUUUUAUGAUCCAAAGUUUGAAUCAGAAGUCAUCCAAAAAAAUGAAGGAAAGGAAAAAGAUGCUGAAGUGCCAUCGAGUCCAACCACCUCAACUUGAACAGCCAGAAAAGAUGCCGAUCCUGAAGGGUGAAACCUCACACUACAACGCAGACCUGCACAACCUGCUCUGCUGCUGCCAGUGUGUAGAUGUGGCCUUCUACCCUGAGGACCUCAGCAUAGCAGUGGAGGCUCACAAGAUCAUCCUCUGCUCUGUCAGCCACCUCUUCAUGCUGCUGUUUGGAGUGAAGAGCCCAUCCGAUGCCCAUGACACCUCCCUUGUGCAGCUGGCACAGAGUCUCUUUGCAGUGGAGGAGGGGGAUCCCUUACCCUCGUAUCCCCAUGGUGUCCCACCCUGUGCCCCACCAGUCAGGGUGGUGGUGAAAGAUUCUCUCUUCUGCUCUUGUCUCCCAGAUAUCCUCCACUUCAUUUAUUCAGGUGCUUUCCAGUGGGAAAGAUUGGAAGAGGACAUAAAAAAGAAGUUGAAAGAUCCAGAUAAAACAGAACAUGUGCUUGAGAAAGUUAAAUGCAUCCUGAAAACUCCAGGGAAGCUAAACACUGUAAAGGACUGCAAGUCUCACCAGAUAAAACUGCUCUAUAAUACUUCUCUCAGGCUGUUCUUUAACACACCUGUGCUGGCUGAUGUAAUCUUCAAAAUACAAGAUGCAACUGUACCAGCCCACAGGGCAGUUCUGGUAGCCCGUUGUGAGGUUAUGGCAGCUAUGUUUAAUGGUAAUUAUCUAGAAGCAAAUAGCAUUCUGGUUCCGGUGUACGGGGUUUCCAAAGACACUUUCCUGUCCUUCCUAGAGUACCUUUACACUGACUCCUGCUGCCCAGCCAGUAUUCUCCAAGCAAUGUCUCUACUGAUCUGUGCAGAGAUGUACCAAGUAAUGAGACUCCGGCAUAUUUGUGAACUUUACAUCAUCACGCAGCUUCAGAGCAUGCCUAGCAGGGAACUGGCUUCCACAAGCCUCAGUAUUGUUAGCUUGCUCAAAAAAGCUAAGUUUCACAAUUCUGAUUGCCUUUCAACUUGGCUUCUUCAUUUUAUUGCCACUAACUACCUCAUAUUCAGUCAAAAGCCCGAAUUUCAAGAAUUAUCAGUGGAAGAGCGCAAUUUUGUAGAGAUGCACCGAUGGCCUUCAAACUUGUACCUGAAGCAGCUUGCUGAUUACAGGAACUAUAUCCACUCUCAGAAAUGCCACUGCACAGUAAUGUAAAGAGACUGAAUACAUACAAAGUGCAUUUGAACUGCAAAAUUUCAGAUUGGGGAUUAUAUAGAAUAUAAAAACCAUGUCAAGAGUGAAACCUGAUGCUGACCUCCUCUGGAAAUUACAGACAUUCUUUGUUUUGCUAGCAAAUUUAUCUGAUUUUUAUCUUGAAGCAUUGAGAAUGUAUGUUGAAGAUUUCUUUUAAGCAGAAGGACUUCAUAUUCACGGGUGUUAUAUGUAUUACAGGACACUGCCAUCAUGACUGGCAUCUGUUCUCCCUUCUAAUUUCCUUUUUGUUUAUUUUAUUGUUUUUCAUGGUUAUUUUUGGCUGCUAAACUGCAUCUGUUGAGAACAGACUGGUUUUGUAAAUCUGUGCGUAAUAGAAGCAUAGGAGUACAGUACCAGUGCAGCGGGAAGCUGAGAAGCCAGGUCAUAAGUUCUUCAUAUACUUCAGGAUGCAAAGAUUUUCUGCAGCAUUUGUUAGUUCACAAUAUAAAGGGUAGGCUUAAGAAACAUUGCAGUUAUUGUUAAUUUAUUACUUCAGAGAAAGCCUGUAGCUCUGUUACAACUCUAUGAAUAGAUAUUUUCAUUCCAGAGGAAUGCAUCACUACAUUCUUUAGUGCCUCCCAAAUAUCUAAAGAAUGACAUCAUUUUUCCUGCCAAUAAGUAGGAGAAAAAAGCCUGUUUUAACAAUUUCCAGAACACCUUUGUUGGUGUGGUCAUAUUGUAUUUUUCCCCAUGAGGAAUAAAGAGAGGGAAAUAGAGCAUGUCUCAUGGACAGGGGAGAAAGGCAGAGCAGUCAACAGCCUUUCAUGGGGUUUGAGGAAAAAAACUCACUAGCAGAAGUGACUUUUUUGGGAAAAGUGUGUCAUGUAAUCAUAGGUCUCCACAAUACCUGGCAACAAAAAUCUUAGAUGUGCUGGUCAUGGAAGACAUGACCCUCACAGAUUUGCUAGUGCUGCCUGGGAUAUUGACUUUCGUGGUGGAGCUUUGAUCUCAAACCUCCCCAGCGGCGACUCAGUUCAAUCUUAGUUACCAUCAUGUUCUCAUAAGUUACACCACAUGAGAUGAACCUAGCUGUGGAUCCUUUCUGAGAUACAAGAGUAAAUCCCAGAAUAUUAUGACUGGCAUGAUCCGUGCAGAUGCUAUUUAGCAUUUUAUUGACCAAAAUUUGUCAUGCUGCUGACUUAUGUGUACACAGUAUGUGCUAAUGCUAAAAUGAACCCAGCCUUUACCUGAGCAUAGGUGCUCUUCUAGAAGCAAAAUCUAAUGAAGGAACAAAAUUCCUCAUGAUCACUCUUGUACUUCCAAUUCUGCUUUUUCAUCUGCCUUUGUAAUUUGUUACGUAGCCUGAGACUGUGGCAUUUCUGCCACAUCAAAUGUACCUGGAAACUGCACUUGUGAGAAGAAGAUAGAAAGACAAAUUGAUGGAGAUGAUUUAGAUUUUUUUUUUUAAAAUAAGGUAUAAAAAUUGUUAUAUUUGUCAAUAUAGUUUUAUAGGUAAAUUGUUCUUUUCAAAUUCCAUUCUAGAGUCAUAGAGAUUUUUUUUAUUUUUCUGGUGAUACAUUGCAGAGCUUGAGAGGAUGUUUCCUUCCCUAUUUUUGUAUACACACACACACACACACACACAAAAAAGAGUUUAUGACUCACCUGGCUGCUGGAGACUCAAAAUUUGAAGGUUAGUUUUAUGCAAGAAUGAUUGAUUUUUAAAAAAAAUAUUUGCAUCUGCAGAUCCUGAAGUUCUUUGAAAGAUGAAUAGGCUUACCUAUGUCUUGCAUAUAGGGAGUCUAAAAUAUAGAUCAUUACAUUGCUUUUUCAAGAUCAUGAAAGAAAACUGAAAUUAUUAAACAAAAAAAACAUUGUAGGAAAGUAAUAGUGAUGGAACUUACAUGUGGAAAGAGUAGUUUUUAUCACUAUAUAGUUAUCAAAAAUUUAAGCAAAAAUUAAAUUACUGGAUAGAUAUGAAUAAAACUAAGCUUUUUGAAGCUUGAAGUAAUAGAAAAAUUUGUGCAUACAGCUAAACUACAGCUUGUCUAGACAUUUUAUAGCAUCCUUGGAUGUUUCUAACAGAAGCCAGCUCAAUUACCAAAAGUGGGGAUUAAAUACUUCACACUGACAUCCUGUGCAAAAGUGACACAAAAGUUCUGUGAAUGUCAGUCUAAGCUUCCUGUAGUCCUGCAUUUUCAAUAUUUUAGAAGCUUUCCCAGUUUCUUUACUAGGAGUUAGUCUGUUGCCAAUGAUUUGUGUAUAUACAACACAUAAAUAAGUACUGGUUUUAAUUUUCUUUAACUGUUUUAUAGAUAUUUAAAAAUAGGCUUAAUGGAAAUAAAAAUGGUUUAUAUCAA